UGCACAGUGCACAGGUGCUGGUGCGCCGUGGCCGUCGCCUUUCGCUCUCGUCAGGAGACGCGCCCGCGCCAGUGGCCCCGAUCGAGGUGGUGCGCCGCGCGGGCCGGCCGGACCACUCGCUCCCGAGGAGGCCAGCCGACAGCAGCGCGCAGCACCGGCUCCUCAGCGGCACCAGCAGCAGCGGUCGGAGGCACAGGUGGAGCGCUCGAGGUCAGCAAGGUCGCCCCAGCGUCGCGGAGGAUGUCGCCGCUGCCCGAGCAGCAGGUGUCGGCCCUGGAGGGCGGCUCCAUGCUGUCCGCCAUCCCCGCCCUCAUGCUCGUCACAUCCAAGCUGCUGAACGCGCCGAGUCGCGACAAGAGGGACCUGUCGGCGCAAUCGCGUCAGGGUCAGGCGGAGCAGGGCCGCCAGCUGCUCGAGGUACUCACCAUGUUCCAGAACAUGGACCAGUUCAUUGGCCGCGACCCGGACGACAUGUACGACAUGUUGUGGACGGUCGACAAGGACACGGGCUGCGCGCUGAAGCUGACCUGUACGCUGGCCGCUCUGCCCAAGCACCUGGCCCGGCCUGAAGACAUGCUGCUGCUCAGGAUGUUCGGGAAGCGUCCUUUCACGGUGCGCAACGAGGAGCUGGAGAAGCCGGCCGGCAUCUACAAAUACGCGGCGUUCAUGGGGGCCAAGUCGCUGAACCAGGCGACCUGCGACACCCUGUUUAAGGCCUGCCCGAUGGCCGGCGACCAGAUGGUGACCGUGUGGCGCUCCGUGGUUGAGCUGGUGCCCUCCAUGCUCAGCUCGAUGAAACCGGGCAAGUAGGGCGCGAAUCAGCGCACACCGGGCCGACCGGCGCAAUCGGCGGCCAAAAGCGGAGCGUCACGGCUGACGCACAGCGGGCCAACGAACGUGACGGUCAGUCGAGAGGCGGACACGGUGGGAGGGCGGUGACCGUGGUCGAAAGUGUGUUGGGCAACGGAGCCGCGCGCGAAGCAGGGGAAGAUUGGGCCGAGUUCCGUGUUGCAUGACGCAAGAGGAGAGAGGAAGAGUGAGAGCUAGCAUGCUUACCUGAGAUGUAAAAUGGGCACUUUUGUACGUAGUCUACGAGACUGGGUUGUUGCACAAGACUCGCGCACGCGUGGCGCUUGUCGCCGCUAAGGAGCUGUUUACCCUCCCUCGUAUCUGGCGGAAGUUGUUGAGUAUGUUUGGUUUUGUUAAUAUUCCGUUGCGGACAGUGAUAGUCAUCAUCGACCGCCAUGGCUUCAUUCGUUGCGAAUGAGGGCGAAGCGUCUUCCUCCUCUUCCGACACGGUUGGAGGAUGUUUUUAUCUGAGCUGUUAUUUGUUGUGUAGUGAUCACGUUUGUAGCGAUUGUUACUGCUAUCGAAUAUAUGCAUCAGAAUAUACUCAAAAAGGAAU